CGCUGGGAGAAGGAUCACCAACGAUCUCCCUUCAUAGCUAAUAACCUUUAGCGGAUUCCGGAGAAACAGCUCUGGACUUCUAAGUUCUCAAUUUAUUCACAAUGUCAGGAAAAAUCCACCGUCUGCUGGUAGUGAGUGCCAUACUCAGUCUGGCAAAUGGAUCUGGAUAUUCCGAAAAGCCAAACAUAGUCAUAAUACUGAUAGAUGAUAUGGGAAUGAACGAUGUGAGUUUUCAUGGUUCUAAUCAGAUCCUCACGCCUAACAUUGAUGCUCUGGCCUACAAUGGCAUCCUGCUAAAUAAGCAUUACGUUCCAAACUUGUGUACACCAUCCAGGGCCACUUUGCUAACUGGAAAAUAUCCCAUACAUACAGGAAUGCAACACUUUGUGAUUAUAACCGAUGAGCCGUGGAGUCUUCCUCAGCGGGAGCGUCUGAUGCCGGAACUUUUCCGAGAUGCUGGGUAUUCAACCCAUUUGGUGGGAAAGUGGCACUUGGGCUUCUGGCGCAAGGAUCUUACGCCUACGAUGCGAGGAUUCGAUCAUCAUUUUGGCUAUUACAAUGGAUACAUUGACUACUACGACCAUGAGGUGCGAAUGCUGGACAGAAACUAUUCAGCCGGACUGGAUUUCCGGCGGGAUCUGGAACCCUGUCCCGAGGCAAAUGGAACAUAUGCCACGGAAGCCUUUACUUCGGAAGCAAAAAGGAUAAUUGAGGAGCACGAUAAGACCAAGCCGCUGUUCAUGGUGCUCAGUCAUUUGGCAGUGCAUACUGGAAACGAGGACAAUCCCAUGCAGGCUCCUGAGGAGGAGGUGGCCAAACAUGCUCACAUCAAGGAUCCUAAGCGACGCACUUAUGCUGGAAUGAUUUCUAGUCUGGAUAAGAGUGUUGCCCAGACUAUUGCAGCUCUGAAGGAAAAUGGAAUGCUGAAUAAUAGCAUUAUUUUGCUCUACUCAGACAAUGGAGCACCCACUUUGGGCAUUCAUUCUAAUGCAGGCUCUAAUUAUCCUUAUAGAGGGCAAAAGGAAUCACCUUGGGAGGGUGGCAUUCGUUCCGCUGGAGUUUUAUGGAGUCCUCUGCUCAAGGAGCAAGGAUACGUAUCGAAUCAGGCGAUCCAUGCCAUAGAUUGGCUACCCACACUGGCAGGGGCUGCCGGCGUGUCCUUGCCGCAGGAUCUUCAGCUGGAUGGUCUUAACCUCUGGCCUUCGCUGAGCGGCAAAGAGGAACCAAAGCCCAGAACGAUGAUUCAUGUUCUGGACGAAGUCUUCGGUUAUUCAUCGUACAUGAGGGAUUCUCUUAAGUAUGUUAACGGAAGCAGUUUCGAAGGACAAUACGAUCAUUGGUUGGGUGAACUGGAAGCAAACGAAGACGAUCCCUUGAGUGGGAACUACGGACAGCAUGUACUGGCAUCGGAAGUUCAACGCAUUUUGGGAAAUCAGGGAUUGACCGAGGAUCGCAUCCUGGAGAUGCGAAACGAAGCCACAGAGGUGUGUCCAUCAAUUGAAGGACAAAAUCCUCUUGAUCCACAAUUCAAGUGUGAGCCCCUUAAAGGCGACUGCUUUUUCGAUUUGGCAACAGAUCCUUGUGAAAGAUACAAUUUAGCCCAACUCUAUCCACUCCAAUUGAAGGAACUUGCUGAUGAGGUGGAACAAAUCCGCCGAACCGCGAUUCCUAGCGCACGAGUUGCCAAAUCCGAUAAAAGGGCUGAUCCGGCCUAUCACAACGGAAAUUGGGAGUGGUGGAACAAUACGGAAACCGAUUCAAGUUCGGGUACAUGUUCCGCUAACUUAUGGGUGAUCAUGGGAAGUAUUAUAGGCUUAACUUAUCAAUAUUGUUUAUAGUGGUAUGUUCUGAAUAGUGUAAUUAUAAAAAUAACAAUUGAAAUUCAAUUAUAUAAAAUAAUAUUAAAUAUAAAUCAUA